AAUCAUAGACAUAAGUUCCAAUAAAGUCGGUUCUGCGUAAAUGAUAUUUUUAUUCGUAUUCAUAACUUCAAAUUAAAAUGAUAAGUUAUUAAAAAUGUUAUUUGUAUUGUUAUUUGAGUUGAAAAAAUCUUAUACUCCGUAAGUUAUAAAGGAAUUUAUAAUUUAUUAUCAUGGAAUCUAUUUCAACAUCAGUUGCACCAAAUAUUUCAAACUCCGAUGAUGGUAACUAUAAAUACAUAGAUGAUGUGUGCGUUUAUACAGAUCCCAAUACUAAAAAAGAAUAUACUUGGAAUAAGGAAAAAAAGAAAUGGAUUGAAAAAGGCUUUGAAAAUUAUGAGUAUGAUGAAAUUCGUAAAACAUACAAAUAUGUUGAUAAACAAACAAAUAUUUCCUACUUAUGGGAUUUAAAGUUAAAUAAAUGGGAAGUUGAAGUUAAGGAAUCAAUAAGUUUGGUGGAAGAAAAAACUGAGGAUGAUAGUUAUGAUGGUGAAGAAUUUGAUGACGAUGAUGAGAAAAAGAAAAUUCAACGUACAGUCAAACGACAAGACAUGAGUAAAGGAAAGUAUGGACAUGAUGGAUUAACCCAAACAUAUACUGAUCCAGCUGAUGGAACUGUAUAUAUUUGGGAUAGAGAAAAAAAUGCUUGGUUUCCUAAGAUUGAUGAUGAUUUUUUGGCCCAUUACCAACUUAGCUAUGGAUUUAAUUCAUAUGAUAAUAAUACUGUAAGUGUGAAUAACACUAGUGCAGAUUCAUUAAAUGCAAGUGAAACAAAAAGUAUUGAAAAUCAACCAGAGUCUGAUUUACAUACACCUAUUGAAACAUCUGAAAUAGAGAAAAGAAAAUACCCUCAACCUUCUGAACCAGAUUGGUUUGAAAUUGAUGAAGAACAUAACACAAAAGUAUAUGUGUCAAAUUUGCCAUUAGAUAUAACUGAACAAGAAUUUAUUGAUUUAAUGCAAAAGUGUGGACUUAUCAUGAAAGAUAUUGACAAUGGCCAAAUGAAAAUUAAACUCUACACAGAACGAGGAACUGAUUUUCUUAAAGGAGAUGGUCUAUGUACCUAUAUCAAGAAAGAAUCUGUGGAUCUAGCAUUAAAGCUGUUAGAUGGUUAUAGAUUUCGAGAAAAAGAAAUUCGUGUAGAGAAGGCAAAAUUUACUAUGCGUGGAGAAAAAUAUGAUCCAUCAUUGAAACCAAAAAAAAAAAAGCGAAAGGAUAAAGAAAAGAUAAAAAAAAUUCAGGAGAAGUUAUUCGAUUGGAGACCUGAUAAAAUGAGAGGCGAAAAAGGAAAACACGAGAGUGUUGUAAUUGUCAAAAAUUUAUUUGAAAAAGAAACAUUUGAUAAUGAUGUGUCAUUACUCUUAGAAUACCAAAAGGAUCUUCGGGAAGAAUGUUCAAAGUGUGGUGUCGUAAAAAAAGUAGUUGUGUAUGAUAGACAUCCGGAGGGUGUGGCUCAGAUUAACUUUAAAGAGCCUGAUGCAGCUGAAGCUUGUGUACAACUAUUAAAUAAUCGGUGGUUUGGCCAACGAAAAAUUACUGCUGAAAUAUGGGAUGGAAAAUCUAAAUACAAGGUUAUAGAAACACCGGAAGAAACUGAAGAGAGAUUAAGAAAAUGGGAAGCAUAUUUAGUGGCCACUGGUAGUACUGAAAAAAAUGAUGCUCACGAUUCUGAUGGUGAUUCAGUAAAAACAAAAAGUGGUGGUGAAAGUGAUGAUGAAACACCAUUAACAAAUCAAUCAACCUGUAAUUGAAGUAUAGCAUCUUCUAGCCGUUUGUUGAACUUAAUUCGUAAUUCAGUGGCUAAAUCACCUUUUAAUUGAUCUUGUACAAACCAACAUGAUAU